AUAGAGCCGUUUUUUCUCACUUUGAUGUUAGUUUGUUUUUGAACCCCACUUGUGAAUGUUCUAACUCAGAAAAAUUUGCCACGAAAAAUUCUUCAAUUUCCUCGUCCGAUUGGUUGAGAUUUGAAUUGAACGCUGAAACAUCUUUACGUUGACGGUAUUCACGAAUACUAAGAUGGAUCGGGCAGCUUUCAAAGAAGAAUUAUCACGCCGCCUUGCAAAGCGCUCGCAGGGUUUUCCGGAAGGGAAUGCCCAGCCAACCCCGACUAGUUCAAGCGGUUUAUUUCGAUCGCCAAACCCGCAACGGAAAAACACAUCCGAAACAAAUAGUUGUAAUCACGAGUUCAAAGAGUAUAGAGCUUUCUUGAAAUCGGCAAACUGCUCCGUCUGCAGUAAAAAAAUAAAUGCUCGUGAGCAGGCAUGGCGUUGCAGCAAAUGUCAAACAAUAGUCCAUGAGUACUGCGAGAAGCCAAUAGAGGAGGGAAACUAUAGAGAAUGGGGAACGAUUUCCGAUUAUGCGCCGGUAGAGCCACCAAUGAUACCGUCUCUGAUCGUCGCUUAUGUAAACGCGGUUGAAGCAGAUGGUUUGACUGUUAGAGGUUUGUACAAAGUGCCUGGUCCGACCAGGAGAUCCGAAUUUCUGGUUGAGCAAUUCCGCAGGAAUGAAGAAGCUCCAAGUUUGAUUGGAUUUAAUGUUCACGAGAUCACGUACGCAUUAAAAAGAAUUUUGAGAUCGUUGAGCGAGCCACUGGUCACUGAUGCUCUCCGAGAUAACUUUAUUGAUGCAGUUACGCGGUAUAAUGCAGCCGAACGAGCCGAAGAGCUUGCUCUCAUAGUAUUGAAGCUUCCACAAGCGAAUCGUGACACUCUCGCGUUCCUUAUGAUUCAUUUACAACUCGUUUCUGGAUCUAAAAAUUGCAAAAUGAAUAAAAAAAAUCUUGCCAGGAUAUUUGGUCCUGUGCUGGUUUUUGACAGUACUCAAAAUUCCCGUUCACAGUCAGAUCGAGAAAAAGCGUUGGAGGAAAUUGAGGUUGUCGAAAGUUUGCUGAAUAUACCCGCGGAGAUUUGGGCCCCCUACGCUGAUUUUGAGAGGCUUAGCCGAAGGAUAAUGAGUGCAGUAUCUAGGUCGCAUGAUGAGUAUUCAGGUCUCAUGACCUUACCAGUAAAUAGAGCGGUUCAAGACGAAGAUGAUCAAGAUGAUCAAGUUGAAUCUCUAUAUGAAAAUCCGACCUCACUCUCACAAAGAAUGAUUCAAGAUCAAGAUGCUCCUUUAUAUGCAACUGUAAUUCCACGCUCACAAAGAAUGAUUCAAGAUCAAGAUGCUCCUUUAUAUGCAACUGUAAUUCCACGCUCACAAAGAAUGAUUCAAGAUCAAGAUGAUUCUGUAUAUGAAAAUGUAAACCGACGUUCACAAAGAAUGAAUCAAGAUCAAGAUGCUCCUUUAUAUGCAACUGUGAUUCCACGCUCACAAAGAACGAUUCAAGAUCAAGAUGAUUCUGUAUAUCAAAAUGUAAACCAACGUUCGCAACAUCAACGUAAACCUGCACAUGCAGCUCGUACCCCACACGCAAACAGAAGGUUUCAAUAAAAUGAAGAUGAACCUAUACAUGGAGAGGUAUUCGUAGGCCCAAAUGGUGACAUGUAUCAUAAAAAUGUUAAUUUUUAACCUUAUUUGUAAAAUGGGAACCAUCGUGUGACUCCGCAAAUUAACUCGGAAUGAGAGUUCACAUUUGAUAUACAUAAUUAUAGAAAAGCUCAGGCAGGGACUGGCUUAGAUCAGUUAAAUAUUUGGCUACCAAUGGUCAGGGUAACGUUUGUGAGUUCCCAUUUCUUUAGUAUUGCGUAGAAUUAACAUUCUUCUCUUAGUUCAAAAGUGUAUUCUUUUUUAAAAUAAUUUCUUUUAAAAUAAUUUAAAUUUAUAACUUAAUAACUUAAAUUUAAUUUUAAAAUAAUUCUAAUUAAAAUAAUUUCAAAUUAUUAAGAACGAAUUAAAAUAGAAUUAAAAAAGAAUCAUUAGAAUAAGAAAAGAAAAAACGGACAGUUGUUCCACGAUGUUACAACAUUAGAAAUUCAUCAAAAAAUGAUCGCUUUUUGAAUAACAGAAAAAAUUGAAGCGACUAACACAGUGAAAAGGAAAGGAUUCUCACUUAAGCCAGACGAAAUUUUUUGAAAUUAACUUACGAAUAAUCUCGAACGGGCAGUAUGUCUCUAACUCGACACUGGACAACUUUCAAACAAACAUACUUCCAAACAAAAGUACGAGUCAAAACAAAGAUCUAAGUUCCAUUAUCGAUUAGUUUCGCUCUGCCUUUCCGGUAAUUAUAUCGAAAUUUGAAUACAAAAAAAUCAUGAUAUUUUUCGAGAAUUCGUAGCCGAAAGUCAUGUUUGGAUUAAAAUUUGAAAAAAAUCAGUUGAGCCGCUGUUAGUGAGCUCUUUUAGAGAUAAAGAAAUCAGCAUAAUUAAAGUGAACAUUUUAGACGUGGGCAUUGGUAGCGACGAAUAAUAUUUCAUAAGUUUAUAGGUUAUUAUGGAUACACAUAUUUAUAUAUGUUGAUAGCGAUAAUUAAAUAGAACAUAACUUCCUGUAUCGGUCGGGUUUUCCACAGUUUCCCUUGGCCCUCGUGCAAAUGCAAUACAGAAUUACAUAGUAGAAGGUGGCUGUGGACAACACCUUGGGGGAUCUCCCAAAAAUGUUAAAAAUUAGGAAAUAUAAAACGGUUGUAGUGGGGAAUAGCGGGUUCAUAGUAAUGCGAUGGAAUGCAAUGUGAAGUUUCGAGUGUAUAUGCAAGAAUAAUAAAGAGCCAGAAAAUAUAAAAUGGAGAAAAAAAAGUA